GAGAAAUCGCGGCUUUGGAUCAGCGAAAAUGGCUUAAGCUGGAUCAGCAAAUUGGCUGGAGUACGCUGGAUGGUUUCCCAUCGAAAGUCAGUCAGUUGUGCUUUCACGAUGACUGCGAUCAACACGUUCGUGACGAUGUGGCGGUUCCUGCUGACCCUUGGCCCCUCGGCCAUGAUCAUCCUGCUCCUGAACAAGGGAAUCCUCGAGCAGCGGUUGGAUAUUGUGGACGAGGCGCACCGUGUCCGUUCGAUUCACAUCGAAGAUCUGCGGGAAUCCUACGAUUUUAUUGUGAUUGGCGGCGGAUCGGCGGGCUGUGUUUUGGCCGCCAGACUCUCGGAAAAUCCGGAAUGGAAUGUUUUGCUUUUGGAGGCUGGCGGGGAUGAGCCCCUGCUCGUCGAUCUACCGCAAUUGUACCCGGUAUUCCAGCGGAGUCCUUGGGAUUGGAAGUAUCUAACGGAGCCCUCGGAUCGCUAUUGUCUGGCCAUGGAGGACCAGCGUUGCUUUUGGCCCAGGGGCAAGGUUCUGGGGGGCUGCAGCUCCAUCAAUGCCAUGAUGUAUAUCCGGGGAAACAGGCGGGACUACGAUCACUGGUCGGAACUGGGUAAUCCUGGCUGGGACUAUGCCAACGUGCUGCAUUAUUUCCGCAAAACAGAGGACAUGCGGGUUCCUGGCUAUGAACAUAAUCCAUAUCAUGGACACGGUGGUCCCAUUUCCGUGGAAAGAUAUAGGUCCCCCUCACCCCUUUUGGAUAUUUUCAUGAGGGCUGCCCAGGAACUGGGCAUGGUCCAUCCCGAUGGAGAUUUCAAUGGUCGAACUCAGACUGGAUUUGCCCCGCCACAUGGAACUUUACGAGAUGGCCUGCGUUGCAGUGCCAAUAAGGGAUACAUUCGACGAAGUUGGCAGCGUCCCAAUUUGCAUAUUGUGCUAAAAGCCUUCGUGGAGCGACUCCUGAUCGAUCCGCAAUCCCACCGAGCCAUUGGAGUGGUCUUCGAAUAUGGCCUGCUCAAGCAUUCGGUGGGUGCCGAAAGGGAGGUGAUCCUUGCGGCCGGCUCCUUGGCCAGUCCGCAACUGCUGAUGGUCAGUGGUGUUGGCCCCAGGGAGCAAUUGGAACCACUGGGCAUCCCAGUGGUGCAGCACUUACCCGGAGUGGGUGGCAAUUUGCAGGAUCACAUCUCGACUACUGGAGCUAUAUUCACUUUCGACAGCCGCCAGAAUCGUCAUCUGUCCUUCAUUGUCCCCGAAAUGUUGAAUGAAGAGGCGGUGGAGGAGUUCCUCCAGGGAUCCGAUAGCUUCUUCUAUGCCAUGCCCGUGAGUGAGGUCAUGGGUUUCUUCAGCACUCGCUAUCAGGAUCCCCGAUUGGAUUGGCCCGAUGUCCAGCUUUUCAUGGGCAGCUAUGCCUAUGGGGCCGAUGGCGGCAUAGUGGGUCGCCGGGGAGCUGCCAUCACAUUGGAUAACUACGCGGAGACCUUUGAGCCGUUGAUCUACCAGGAUUCCUUUGUGAUAGCCCCCCUGCUGAUGCGUCCACGCUCCAGGGGAUUCCUGCAGUUACGCUCUGCGGAUCCUAAGGUUCAUCCCCGCAUCCAUGCCAACUACUAUGAUGAUCCGCAUGACAUGGCCAUAAUGGUGGAGGGUCUUAAGAUGGCCCAUCGUCUGAGCCAAACGCCGGUGAUGCAAUCCCUAAAUGCCACCAUGAAUAUCUACGAGUGGCGCAAUUGCCCGGAGGUUGAGUACCUCAGCGAUGCUUUCUGGGAGUGCCUGGCGAGAUUCUACUCCCAGACGAUCUACCAUCCGGUGGGCACCUGCAAAAUGGCCCCCGAUUCGGAUCCCGGCGGUGUCGUGGAUCCCCGACUGAGGGUCAGAGGAAUGCGGGGACUCAGGGUCAUCGAUGCCAGCAUAAUGCCCACUAUUCCCACGGGCAAUACAAAUGCUCCGACUUUAAUGCUGGCGGAAAGGGGAGCGGAUAUCAUCAAGGAGGAUUGGCGCCACUACAGAGAUGGCGGCUGGAGUUAGGUACCAUUAUAUCAUACCUUUUGUACCAUAAUUUAACAACAAUUUAACAGCAAUAAACUCAUUUGUACACAGAGUA